AUGGCAGAUGCUUUAAAUACAAAACUUAAAUAUCAACACAAUGACGAAGUAAUAAGUAGUGAAAAUGAGGAAUUUGAAAUAAAUUAUAAAUUAUUUAUCAAAACUGCAAAAGGAAUUUCUAUACCAGCAAAAUGGUUUAAAGAAUCGGUGUCAACAAUAGAUGAAUUUCUUUCAUCGAUUCAUAAGAAAAUCAUUAUACUAACAAAGGAUGAUACCCUUUUACCAGCUGAUUAUAAUGUAGCAUUUAAAGCACCGAAAGAAACCAGUGCUGGUACUCAAUUGUCUGACGCCCAAGAUUUUAUAAAAUUUAAAGCUGAAUGUUUAAAAUUAGCUGCAAAAAGCA